ACCACUGUGUUUUUCUCUUCCGCAGAUGGUCUUACACACGCCAAGGCGCCUAAACUCAAUAAUCUCGUUCGUCGACAUUGAGCGUUGACUGGGACUGGCUCAUUGAUUUCCUGCUGUCAGAAUGGAUUCUGGGAAAGGGCAAGGGGCUUAUGGGACCGCGGGUUACCCUGGUCGCCGCACGCGGGAAGAAAGAAGAUCCCUGUCCGAGAGUCUGGCAGAUGGUACCUCCAAGUUUUUCAGCUCGAUGGUAGCAAAGAAAAAUGGACUUUUCAGUGACAUCUCUUCAAAGAUUGAGAACACUUUCGCUCCGAAGACAGACACGAUCAGCAAUAGUACGGGCAGUGAUGGCUCUACCUCCCCGCCCAUGACCCCACCCGCCCCUAACACCCCACCCCCUCGCCCCCCACCACCAAAGAGGCUUCCAUCUAUGGGGAGCUCCAGAGAAAAAGAGAAUAAUGUAAUGAAAAGAAUGGCGUCCAUGCCGACGUAUACCCGGAGCGACAGUCGGCCAGAGUACGGGGUGGAUACCUCUGUUUCGGGUCCCACUUCUCAGAGAUCGAACCACAGAAGAGAGAGCGCGGGAAACAACGGGAGAGAAGAAAGAUUUUCCAUGAAUGGGAUGAACAUUAGUUUUGACGAGCCGAUUUACAACCAAAGGGAACCCGAGACGAUGAAAAACUCUUCAAUUACCGCAACUGCUCCUCAUGCUAAAGCCUCAGAACCAGUCGAAUCGGGUAACCAACAACGGAUUCGACAUGUAUCCGGAUCUUCUUCCAGUUCCGGUUCGACUCGGAUUCCCUCUCAACCCAAACCUGCUCCUCGAACCCAGAAACAGGAUACUAAGCACCAAGCAACGCCUGCAUCGUCCGCAUCUAAAGCAUCCAAAUCUGCUGGGCUUCCUGGAGAGGACUACGGCCAAGGGUACGGUCCCACGUCCUCCUCCUCGGACGAAUGGGGCGAAAGGAAGAAACGACCAGGAGACGCUAACGCAACCGCCGCCGCUACGCGAAAAUCAGACGCGCGGCGAUCAUCCAGAGACAGCAGCAGAGGAAGCGUGUCUAGCGGCCGCGAUGAAAAGGCCUACCCCAGCAGCGACAGCGGCGCGUCCGCUAACGAGUCCGGCGACGGGUCUGGGAGCGGCGGAGGUGGCGGCAGUGUGGGCACGCGGAAAAAAGCACCCAAAUUCACCACCACGAAACGCCGGUCCAGCACCGUGGACGAGAUGUUGUUCGACGAUUACGUCGAGCCCGAGGUGGAUUCGGUCAUUCCGGUCGAGGCCCCGCCCGAAAACCUCAUGUCCUUCGAACCGGACCUGACCGAGACAACUCAAAGUCCCAACGGCUCGUCAGACGAUGGAGCCAGUAACGGGCCUCUCAGAGCGGAGACCAGCGUGGAUUCCUCAGACGCCGAGUAUGGCGGGACGACAAUGCACCGGUCAGCCUCUGUCGGAUCGGACAAGUCCUGGAGCUCCAACUACAGCCUGGAUUCCCAGCCUGAUGACGUCACCCUGGAGUGUAUGGAAUUCAUGAAGUCUUUCGUUGAUAAGGUCUUCCGCACAAAUGAGGAAAUCUCUCAGACGGAGAAAGCCAAGUUCGGAGAGCUCUGUCAACAUUUUCCUGGGCGCUUGUGGUUCUCCCGCUACGUAAACUCACAGAGGGUUCACAACAAGCGAGUAGUGGAACCCAUCUUCUUCCGGCUGAUGCAGUACUUUGCCGUGUGUCUAUUCGAGUGCAACGAGGCCGAAGACUUCUCCCCCGCCAAAACGCUGAUGAACAUGUGCUUCACAUUCUACCACGAGGACCCCGGCCCCCAAGGCGGUGACCAGAAAGUGUUUCUCUACACCUACAUGCGAGAUCAGCCAAUCUGGCAAUCCCUGCGUUUUUGGAACGCUGCGUUCUUCGACGCUGUACAGUGUGAGCGCUCCCGAAGACCCAUGCCCACAAAUUCGGACGGCAGAGAAACAGUCACAGACGACAGACAGUUCCAGGAAAAUAUCACUUUUGGACAGCUUGGAACGUUUGCCUGUAACAUGCGGUCGUUUGGACUUAACAAAGAUUUGUGUCUCGAGUUCCUCCGGAAACAGUCUACCAUUGCCAACCUGAGGAAAGACCAGGUCAAGCUGUUACGGGAUAACAUCGAAAAGGUGAAAGAACCUUAACAAGACCGGUUCUUGGGACACCACUCUUAAAGACCGAGCGUGGAGCGAACAUGUUGGACUGGAUCAAACGAGCCUACACUUCCUAGAAUUAGUAGAUUAUUAUAGAUAGUAGGAUUCGCAGGGAUUUUGUAGACAAUAGUUCAUUUCUCAAGAAACCCACAUUGUUCACUUCUUUGCGUAGACAGUGCGAAUCUUGGCUCACCAUUCGUUGACUGGACCGGAUAGAGUAAGGGUGGCUGGUGGGUGGGUAAAAGGGUGAGUGCUUGAUUUUUGUCGUGGUUGUGUCUGAUUAUAUACCUUCCUGGGCUUUACUUGU